GUUUAGUUGUAACGAGUGGAGUAGGCAGCGAGCUACGUGCAUAAGCCCCUUUAGAGAUAGGGGCGAGCAGCAAGCAGCCCCUUGUAUAGGGUUCCAAACCUAUCUUACUAAUAAUAAUAAUAAGAAAGGGGCAAGCCAAAACCUACUCCUAACAAGUUGCUGGCUUUUCAGCCGUUGCGCGCUAGCGCGCUAGCGUUUUCCCUUACUAGUAAAGGGGCUGCUAGUUGUAGCACGCAGUGUACUAGUGAAUAGGAAAAGCGGAUUGAGAUUCUUAAUGACAGAUAGAGGUUGAGGAUAGAACAUGUUCGGUGCCUCGCCCUUGUCUCCUUCGCCGGAGACUGAAAAUUAUGGGAAUCCUAUCGAUAAAGAAGAGGCAUAGGCAUCGCCUCUCGAUCCAAUCCUCCCCAACACACUCUUGAUACGAAAUAAACCUCCUGCCAUAGAGAAGAGAUCUAAAGUCUGGGUCCCCUCGAUCACCCUUCCCUUGAACCUGAACUGGUCGAGAGAGAUGAACCCGCACCACAUUUGAUAACCUUCGAACCGAAACCCCCAACUAGAGAUGGAAUUCCAGAACCUAAACAACUCAGUUGAGAGCUCCGUGACCGGUUCAAGGGAAGGUCCACCAAUAAUUGAUAGGCCAUUCCCCCCCUAUCCGUCUCUUGAUUCCUCAUUCCACUAAUCCGUUGUUACUAAUUCAUUCAAGGCAUAGACUCCCCACUUCUUUGUCUUAUUAGCGCAGGUGUUCGUCAACGAUGAAAGCCGCUGAACUUAAGACUCGAGUUGAGAAAGAGGGCUAGGCCCAGGGGAGGAGGGCUUUCAGGGACUGGGGAAGACGGGUGAUUUAUAGAGCUAGGGGCGGAUCGAAGGUUUGUCCAUUGGGAUUGGGCAUGGACGAGCCUCGACUGGGCCAGCAUUGAUGAAAAAAUGACAAAAACUUCUCCCAUCGCAUCAUUCACCGGUGUAGGAUUCAAGAUCAGGUCCAGGAUUCGAGUCAAAUCGACCGGAGGCAAGGAAUUCAAAAAAAUGUUCGUUGUUCAAUAUCUCGGCUGCUCAAGAAGUUGGACUAGCAGCUCCUCCGCCCCAGAGUGGAUUCUAGGGGAAGGGCAGAGCCUCACCUUGCAGUAGGAAGGUGUUCGUUGCUGGGACGGGUUCAAACUGGACUGAAGGGAGGAGGAAUUCCAUACUCCGAUCUUACUGGAGAUUCAUCACUGGCUAGGGCUUUCGAAUCAAAGUAUGGACAUCUGCAACUAAGAGGGAGCAGUAGAUCGUCGAUUGAAGAGCCAGGUCAGAAAACUUUUAUUGAUUAUUUAUUCGACUAGAGGAACUCCUAGUAGCAAACUUGUAUGAAGGGGCCCCCACGGGGACGCAGCCGCCAGCUGGAUCGACCAAUAAAUGAUAGGCCAGAGGGAUGGGCUCAUUCGACUAAUCAGAGAUCCCUGGCCCUACCUAACACAGAGAUGUCCCUGAAAUAGGGGAUUGGUUGAUCGGAAAGCUCAGGCAGGAGUAGGACAUUCCAUAAAAAUCUUUCUGAUCCGCGCCCUCUCAAAUCCCAUUUUUUCAUCGACAGGUAGGAUGAAUUCUAAGGUUUCUUAUUCCGGGUAAAGCGGAAGAAGAGGGAGAAUGUGCACCGCCCCACCAGCAGCCCGCGUUUUCGACCCGAAAGGAAUGGAAAAUG